AUGGGCGGUGACACAGGAUCUUCCCUGAUGAAGAUGAACUUCCUUCUAAACAACAACCAUUCAAACGAUGGCAGCCUGGCAGAACAAGCACAACAGCAGCAGCCUACAGUGUCAACUUCAUCUGCAUCGCGGUUCAGCAUAAACUCAAUGAUAAACGACGACAAUAAUGCCACUCUCCCACAUAUUCAACCUACAGGUGCGCUUUCCCAAGUCAGAGGCUUGCCGCUUUUAGAUAGAGCUUCUUCGCCAUCGCAACAACCUGUACUAGCUAGAAAACCAAGCAUCAAUUCGCUCACCAACGAUAAUGACGUUGACAUAAAAGGGAACGAAACGCCUAGCAUCACUACGAAAUUUUCUAGCACUUCAAAUAGUUCUAGUGUCAACAAUUCUCCUGUUGUUGGAAGACCUUCGCUGGUUCACCUAGUAUCUCCGCCUCAGGUUCCAGCGGCUACAGCUCAACAACAACAACAAUAUCAACAAAGUUCCUCUCCAAACUUUCCACUUCAGCGAAACUAUAACACCUCAUUAACCUCACCAAUAGCUUUGAGGCCCUCAAACAUUCUCAAUAAUGAUUCUUCAAACCCAUCGAUCGCGUCGUUCAGCGCUAGAAAAACUGGCAGUAUAGCUUCGCUUCUAUCUGAUAACUCACAAACAGUCAAAACUUCACCACGCCCUCUGGCUUCUUCUAUUAAUUUCGAACAAUCUCUGUCACCAGAGAGAAAAUCCAUUUCUCACGAACUCAAGCAAUUGGAUGAAUUGGAGAAAACCACUCCAGAGAAACCAAAGAAAUAUGAAGUUCCACCAAUUUGGGCGCAAGAUUGGAUUCCAACAAUGGUAAGAAAUAAGCUUGGCGGGUCAAAUAGUGGUGUUCAGAACUCAGGUUAUAAUAAAGUUGAAGAAGAACGUGGCAGGACAGCUUAUAAUCCAAAUCUUGAUGUUUCAAUAACGAAAGUGAUUCCAUAUGAGGAUUUAACGAGAAAAGUAUCCCAAUGGCUCUAUUCACAUCUACAAGAAAUCAAAGAUCAAACAGUGGGCGAAGCUGCCAAUGGAGGGAAUCUCUUGCAUAAUAUUGAACUUGAAAUCAAGUUUGGUCGUAUUUGGUCAAAGGAACUUGAUUCAAGAAUCGAUAUUCCAGUGUCUACCGAAACAAUUAUUACAGAUCAGAUCAAUUAUGCAUUCCGACCAGGACUUGAGAAUUCAAUGUUUGUUACUCUCGAGGAUUUCAUAAUGAAACUCAAUGCAAAAAACAAUGCCGAGACUUUUAAAACCUUGAAGUCUGACACGGUAGACUAUUUCUACCAUGGAAUCAGACGUGGGGAUAAACCUUAUGAUUUGCGUGUUUCACAAGAUAAAGACACCAACCGUACCAUUGAUCAAAUUGAGAAAAGAAGAAUUGGGGAUUUGUUCAUUCACAGCCCUUCAAACAUUUUAGACUUUCGGAUUUCAUUGUCUCUUGAAGUUCCGAUUGUGGAUAUUCCAAAAUCUAUUGCUAAAGGUGAUGCCAACAUGAAGAGGAGAAAAAUUAGAACUAGUUACAUUACAUCGGCUUGCAAAAACAAAAUCGAUCUAACUAAAACAUAUACCUUCCAUAAUGUGGCAGACAACAAACCAGAACAGAAUCACGAAGUGGAGGUCGAAUUAGAAACUGAAUGGUUGCUAGAAACCUUUCAUAAUUUGCUCCAUACCCCUGAUAACCAGACAUAUGAAGACACGAUUAAAGUGCUAUUAGAUAAUUGCCGAAUCUUGAACCGGGCAGUGAGUAAGUAG